UGUCUGCGGCAUUCGGCGCUAAACCACGGCGCGAACCAGACGCGUUUUUCUCUUCUCUCCUUUUUUUUUUGCUUAAAAAACGGACAAGCGAACUAACUAAUAACGAACGAACGAACGGACGGACGGGCGAACGAGCGAUCCUCGAGGCUUCACACAAAAUAUACCGUUUGCAAAAAAUACCAAACACCGAUAACGAAACUACAAACAAAAAACAUCUUUGCCUAUCGGAGCAAAAUAAAAGGCAAAUAAAAAACAAAAAAACAUUAACUGCAAAUAAUCAUAAAAAAAAAAUUAUAUAUAUAUAUUUAUGUAAAAUAUAUAUAUAGAAAAGAAAAGAAAAGAAGAAAAUAGAAGCGAAACGGAAAGAACCGCUUGGAAAGAUACGGUUAGCAGAGAAGCUGGCUAACCAAAGUGAUCAACGCGCUUUUUGUGUCCUUUUUUUCUGGUAUUUUUCUUUUUGUUUGUUUGGUUUUCUUUUUCUUUGGUGCGCGUGUGUGCCCCACUUGCGAUCGUUAAUUAUUGACCGUGUGCAACAACAACAACAUCUCCUCUUAACUGCCCCUGCAACUGCAACUGCAACAACAAGUGGCAAGUAGCCAAGUAGCCGAGUAGCCGAGUAGCAAGUAGCAGCAAUCAGCGGCAAAAGUAACGGCCACCGUACGAGAGCAACUGUUUUCGAAAGUUGCCACCAAAAAGCACGCAGAAGACGCAGACGCGGACGCAUCCUGUUUGUCGAGCCGAGGAAUUGGAUUCGGAACUUUAAUUGGAACGGCAAGUGGAACGCCGGAAUUGGGCCAGGGACGAAAACAGUAGGAACAGCAUUAAAACCAUCAACAUGCAACAUCAGCAGCAGCAGCAACAUAAACAACAAACGCCACAGCAGCAGCAGCAGCAGCAGCAGCAACGGCACAGAAGAAAUCGGCGAGAAAUCGGCGCUAAGAAGAUUUGGCUGCCGCUUAUCAUUUUCCUUUCACUGCAGGUCACCCUCGUCUGCUGCGACGAUGUGGAAGUGGUGAAGGCCAUUGCCGGGAGCGCGGACGACGACCUGACCAUCGCCCUGGCCGACCACGAGAACGAGCUGGACCAGAUGGCCCAGGAAUCGGAGCAGGAGCAGCAGGCCCAGGCCCAGGCGCAGCAGCAGCAUCCGCCGCAGCACUCGCAGCAGCAUCAGCCACAGCCGCCGCCGCAGCAGCAGCCCCAGAUCCAGAUCCAGAUGCAGUUGCCCCAAUCGGUGCCCAAGGUGCAGGUCCACUACCAGCACAACAUGCCGCCACCUCCGCCGCCCAAUGUGCAACUCACCCUGCGCAGCAACCACCAGAACAUCCCCUUGAGCUUUGGCCAGCCCUUCGGACCGCCACCGCCACCCGGCGCCCAGUUCUACAAGGGACCCCCGCCGCCACAGCUCCAGCAGCGACCACAGCCGCCGCCACAGGUCCAGCUCCAGGUGGCGCCGCAGCAGGGCCAGGCCCAGGUGCAAGUGCAGAGCCAGGGCAUCCAGGGAGGGCAGCAGCAGGUGCAGGUGCCGGACCUGAGCGUGGGCGGAUCCAGCCAGAACGAGAUCUGGGCGGCGCCCGUGCAGGACAUGCCCAAGAUCGUAUCCCUGGACGUGAAGUGCGAGAAGAACGGCAUGAAGGUGUUCGUCCAGUUCGACAAGCCCUUCAACGGCAUCGUCUUCUCCAAGGGUCACUACAGCAACAUGAACUGCGUCCACUUGCCCUCUGGCCUGGGCCGGAGCUCGGCCAGCUUCGACAUCGGACUGCAUGAGUGCGGCACUGCGGGAAACACGGACAACUACGGCCAGGGCUACGGCCAUGAAUCCGGCGGCACCGGAGCAGGCACCUACUUCGAGAACAUCAUCGUCAUCCAGUACGAUCCGCAGGUGCAGGAGGUGUGGGAUCAGGCCCGGAAGCUUCGCUGCACGUGGCACGACCAGUACGAGAAGUCGGUGACCUUCCGGCCCUUCCCCGUCGACAUGCUGGACGUGGUGAGGGCGGACUUCGCCGGCGACAACGUUGGCUGCUGGAUGCAGAUCCAGGUGGGCAAGGGUCCGUGGGCCUCCGAGGUGUCUGGCCUGGUGAAGAUCGGCCAGACGAUGACCAUGGUCCUGGCCAUCAAGGACGACGACUCCAAGUUCGACAUGCUGGUGAGGAAUUGUGUGGCGCACGACGGCAAGCGGGCUCCCAUUCAGCUGGUGGACCAGCGGGGAUGCGUCACCCGGCCCAAGCUGAUGUCCCGUUUCACCAAGAUCAAGAACUUCGGCGCCUCCGCCUCCGUGCUGUCGUACGCCCACUUCCAGGCCUUCAAGUUCCCCGACUCGAUGGAGGUUCACUUCCAGUGCACCAUCCAGAUCUGCCGCUACCACUGCCCGGAGCAGUGCUCGGCGGACUCCAACCUCCAGGAUGUGCACCACCUUCAGGUGGGACCGGAAUCGCAAUACGGACCACCGCCCCAGCUCCAUGUGGACGCCUACCAGGUGGCCAGUGCCAUCGGAAAGCGGCGUGACGAGCGUCGCGUCCAGCGCCGGGCCAGAGCUGUGGCCGAGCCCCAGGUGGGUCUCAACCGGAUCAUCAAGGUGGUCUCCUCCGGGGACCUGACCUUCGCCAUCGACGAGCAGGCGACGAGCAACGGCAGCUCCCUCAACGGAUCCGGCUCCGGUUCCGGGGUGGAUCGCAGCCCGCAGACGAUGGUGUUCCCGGUGCGCGAGGAGGGUCUGAUCUGCAUGACCACGCCCGGCUUCGCCAUCACGCUGAUCGUGCUCCUGGGCAUCCUGGUCACCUCCUGCCUCACCUCCGCUGUGCUCUACGUUCGCCUGCGUCCCUUCUCCUCGUUCGCCGCCGUCUCGGCCAAGGAGCGGGCCGUCGCCUUCACGAAUCCCCAGCUGGCCCCGCUGCCCGUCAUCCAGCUGACCCCGCCGCCCCCCGCGGAUGUCCAGGGCACGAUGUCCAAGAAGCGGGCGCUCUCGUGAGCGGGACACCCGACUGGCGAUUGUAUCUAGGGCGGGAUGGAUGAAUGGAUGCUUUGUGGGGUAGUGAGUCACUGAUUACUUGUCACUGGUUACUAGUAAUUGAUUACCGAUCACUGGUUACCGGUAAUCGGACAAAAGUUUCUAGUACUUAGUAAAAGUAAAUAGAACUAAUGACUAGUACCUGCUAAUCACUUAGUGUAAGUGACUUUAAAGAAAUUAUAAAUGUUUUCAGGCUAUAGAGGUUCUCUUUUUAAGGAUUAAUUUUUUAAAAAAUUCUUAAUUAGUUUUUUGUUUUUUUUUUGCAAUUUUUAAUCGAAGAAAAACAUAAAAGAUCAAAAUUAAUUGAAAACCAUUUAAAAUUCAAAAUUUCCUCUGAGCUGCAAUCAUUAUCCAACACUGUUUCUGAGCAACUCCGCCAUUUUGAAAAAGCAUCGUCAUCCAUUGGCCGUUCGAGGUACAGUUGUGUCUGCGUCUGCGGCUCUUUAUUUUGUAGCGUACGCUUCAUUAGUUUAAUUUUUAUAUACAAAUCAUUUAACAUUAACUUAUGCCGUUCACUGGGUUCUCCUUCGAUUCUCCAGAAUCCUCCAGAAUCAUCUUCUCUUCACAUCCAACUCUCCCCAUUUAGAGCCCCUCUUCCCCAUUUCCCCUUGGUGGCAGUCGAUUAUCGAUUAUAUUUGUUGUACUCUUAGCUUAAGACUAGGAUCUAUUUCUGGAAAAACGGUGCUAAGCCAUCCCGAUGCCCGAUUCCCGAUGCCCGAUGCCCUGUCGUCCUCCACUAGAAAGCUUUCUUCAGUACUUGAGCCGAUAAUCCAAUACUUAGAGUAUUUCUUUUAAGACUCUCUUAAGACUUUAUAGAUCACACACAGACACACACAGAUACACCGAAUCACAAUCACACACACACACACACACACACAAGACACACUCUAAUUAGUCACUAAAUAUCGUAAGUGCUUUAAGCCGUAGACUAAGCCGAAUACUUCCCCGAUCCUUUGGACCUACUUAUAACAGUUAGUACGCCUUGUAGUCCACUUAUUUAUUUGCAUAAUAACUUAUACAUAUAUAUAUAUAUUUAUAUAUUUAUAUAUUAAUACCCGCAUAUAUACCGCCUAAUAUUUAUCGUCCAUUUUUUUUGUCUACUUUUGUAAGCCGAGCAACGAGCGUCUGAGAAGAGAAAGUGUUCAAUAAAUUGUUUAGAAUCCCUAAA